UCCAUGGGUAGACUCUGUGUUUACCAAGAAAUUGCACGUCUUCACCCUGCAACACAAGAACAACUACUAAGUUACAAAACUAAUACUGUGGUAUAAAUAGGGCCAUUUCAUCCCAUGGUUAAACAGCUCAUACAAGACUUCAUUGAGAUCUUUUUCACCCAGGACAUCAAAAGAUGAAAACUGCCGUUUUUGUGGCCGUUGUUCUUUGCCUGAGCAACUCUCUGCAGCCAGAAGCAAAAGCAUUGGCAGAGGAGAACCGCCAGCUUCAGGACAGGGCACAUGUAGAACGCCGCUAUGCUGAAUCUACCAUUGCAAGUGACAUUAGCAAGAUCAUGGACUCCAUGGUGCAGAAAAACUUUGUGAACUUCCUUCUCAACCAAAGGGAGAAAAAGAGCGACCACCCUCUAAAUCAAGAGGAUGAAGAGGCUCAUGUCAACGACCUCCUGAAAAAAGAGCUCAGUUCAUGGGUCCACAGCAAGGGAAUCAGAUCCAGUGCUCAGUAAUUUGAUGGAGACAACAUACAGAAUUCAUAGCCUACAUACAGAGGAAUGGAAAACAUCAUGGAUCCCUGUUUGAAAAGAACCAAAUCACACAGCUAUCAAUAAAUGACCAUAUUGACCUUUCAUUCUGGUGACAGUCAAUCA